ACGAGCACGGACUCAGUCCGUGUCUGCGAAAUAUUUUAUCGCAAUAGGUACUGCUUAAAAUCAAUACUUGAAGUCUCAAUCCUUGUCACUCUUUCAGUCACACCAAUUAUUUGUUACUCAGGUGAUAGUUCGUUCCUCAGCUGUCCAACGCACGACAUAUCCACCGUUGAGCCAGAGACCGUACUCGCUGUUGCGGUUGAUUAUUUGGAAUAAGUAUUAUAUAUAUUUAUAUAUAUAUAUAUUCGUAUACGGAUCAUGAUGUCGGCGGCGUCAAAGUGUGUGGAAAACUGUAUCCGUACAAAGUUACAAAAUCGCUUCGACCCAAAAGUGUUACAACUUGUUAACGAAUCAUAUAUGCACAACGUACCCAAAAAUUCAGAGACGCAUUUUAAAGUCGUUAUCGUCUCCAACGAAUUUGAUGGUUUGCCGUUAAUUAAGAGACAUAGGCUGGUCAAUGAGACGUUAUCGGACGAGCUUAAAAACGGAGUUCACGCACUAUCAAUUGUAGCCAAAACCCCGAGUCAAUGGAAAGACGAACCGAUUGAGAGCAGUCCUGGUUGUCGUGGAGGAUUCGGCAAAUAAAAAUUACGAGGAGGGACUGAGAAAUCAUAAUGUCUUAUUGAAUAAUAUCUUUCUCUCCAUCCGCGAUCGAUCGCUAUAGACUAACGACACUUGACGUCGUUUUGUACUGAUAAAAAUAUUUUGACUAGUUAAUGUAUAUAAUAUAUAAUAAUACAUAAUAAUAUUUAUUGGUAUUACGUGUUUUAAAUAUAGUGUGUUUUGGUAAUAUU